CUGACCCUGCGGGACCGGAAAAAGGAAUUCCCGGGCCCUAGCUUCCUGGCGCGAUGAGGUUCCGGUUCUGUGGUGAUCUGGACUGUCCCGACUGGGUCCUGGCUGAGAUCAGCACGCUGGCCAAGAUGUCCUCUGUGAAGUUGCGGCUUCUCUGCAGCCAGGUACUAAAGGAGCUGCUGGGGCAGGGAAUUGAUUAUGAGAAGAUCCUGAAGCUCACGGCUGACACCAAGUUUGAGUCAGGCGAUGUGAAGGCCACAGUGGCAGUGCUGAGUUUCAUCCUCUCCAGUGCGGCCAAGCACAGUGUCGAUGGCGAAUCUUUGUCCAGUGAACUGCAGCAGCUGGGGCUGCCCAAAGAGCACGCGGCCAGCCUGUGCCGCUGUUAUGAGGAAAAGCAAAGCCCCUUGCAGAAGCACUUGCGGGUCUGCAGCCUACGCAUGAAUAGGUUGGCAGGCGUGGGCUGGCGGGUGGACUACACCCUGAGCUCCAGCCUGCUGCGGUCCGUGGAGGAGCCCAUGGUGCACCUGCGGCUGGAGGUGGCAGCUGCCCCAGGGACCCCAGCCCAGCCUGUUGCCAUGUCCCUCUCAGCAGACAAGUUCCAGGUCCUCCUGACAGGUGAGGCUCAGCUUUCCUCGACGGGUGAGAGGCUCUCCCAGAUCCUGCCUGACUGCCUCCCAGCUGCUCACCUCUUCCCUCUACAGAACUGAAGCAGGCCCAGACCCUAAUGAGCUCCCUGGGCUGAGGAGAAGGGCAUUCCAGGCCUGUGUGAAGCCGCCCUGCCUGUAUGGAAUCACUGCCUCUGAACUGCUCUUCAGGAGGCAGCCCUAGUUCUAGGAUGCCGAGGUCCUGGCCUGGACUCUGGCCUCCCAGAUCCCCAGCUGCCUCACUUCUCUCUUGAGAACUAGGCUCAGGGCUUCUGAGGACGUUUCCCAGCAUUACCUUCCCUUCCCUCGAAAGGCAAUUGUUGGCUGUUUUCAUGAGCAGGAAAAAUAAACAGAAGUAUAAAGGAA